AUGAGAAUGGCCGAGCCCCGCCGUCUGCAGUCCUUCCAUGUAGGCCACAAGGCCUCCGCCACCCGUUCGGCAGUCUACGUCAGAUCCCCUCCAGGGUCACCCGAGGCGCGUGGAACAGGAUCUUCGGCAAGUAUCCAUGCCACUAGCGUCGACGACGCUGAUCGUUGCGUGCUGCGUAACAUCUUGCGGUGCUUCCACUUCCUCGACUUCGAGGACAGGGGGCACAUAAGCCCCGCCGAGGCCAUGGCCUUCAUCGCGCCACUCAAGCGUGCAAGUCCGGACCUAUUCGAGCUGUUGUGUGAAGUGUUAGCGGUGACGAAGCACGCCCUGGUAGACGGCCGGAUCGGGAAGGAGCCUUUCAUCAGGCAGCUGGAGUCGUCACUUCGGGCGCUGGCACGGGACGACAAUUCGCCUUUGGCGCAGCUCCGUCAACCUUGUAACGCUAUAUCACGCUACUUUGGCUCCCUCAAAACAGCCGCAGGGGAGUGUGACGAUAACGCCAUCGGCUCGCCAGGCCGCGGACAGGAGCAGAUAAGGGGUGGUGACCUGUACGACUCACAGGCUGGGCGUGGUGACGAGCGCCCUGCCUGGUGCACCGAUCUUGCAGGAACGCGUGAGGAACAACGCACGCAAUCGGAUGGAGAGUGUACCUUCAAACCGGUGACGAACAGGCGCCGCUUUACCGCUGGACGCAGCGAAGCCAGCGUUGCCCUCAAAGACGAGAUCCGCGACAUGCAUCGGUUCCAAUACGGUAGGUUAAGCGACGGUACCACUGCACAGCGCCUAUCAGGUAACGAGCCCAGAGGCGGGAUGAGCGAGUAUAUCGUCUUCCACUUCAGUGAGCGCAAGGAGUGGUCGCAGGACCUCAGGAGCCUGCGCAACCCCAGCGGCUAG